CGCGAUACCAAGAUGGCGCUUGAAGUAGAGUCUGCCGAGUAAGUGCACUUUAAUGUUGUUAUUUGUGCAUGUAAAGGACUGAUGCUCCAACCAAUACCUCUGAUCAAAUUACUAAUUGAUAAUAUUUCCAAGGUUAUCGCUUUAUUUUUCGAGAGAGCUAAAUUAUUGGAAAAAUUAUCCAAGAAGUAACCACGUGUAGGGACAGAAAUUAGGCGACGCCGAUUAUGAAAGUCAGUGCAGACGAGCGGGCAAUUGUUUUGAUGGCGUAGGGUGAUAGAAUAUUCCUUUCAUGAUGGGAACUACGAUAACCGUUUGGUUUGAUCUGCAGUCAGGAAAAUAGCGGCGAAAUAAAUUUGUUUUAGGAACGAUCGUCUUGUAUGCUCUCUAUUCAAGCAGCUCUACUGCGUUGGCUGUACUUGUUGUUGUUGUUAGGUAGCUUUUUCGAUAAUGGUACUAGGACGGAGAGGAGUUCAAUUCGGUCUGUAAUCAUUCGAGUGAUCAACAAAAGCGGACGACCGCGAAGCAGGAGUCCUUUUUGUUAAUUAUGAGUAUGAUUACAUACAGAAUUGUACGACACGAAGUCCAGUUGCCAAUUAAUCAAAACUAUGACAAAAUUUUAAAAAGAAAGAAGACAUCUGUUAUAAGUUUUCAUAAAAAACAGCAGUUAACUCUGCAAAAUACACAACAACAGUGCAUGCACAUGAUGAGUACUGUCCAUUUACCCAAGCAUGAUUGCAUCAACUGUCCUACCAAUGAUAAAAUCAGGCUGGUGAUAACCAAUCAAGUUUGAGAAUUUUGUUAUAAUUUUGAUUAGUUUUAGAAAAAAAUAGUUGAGGAAUUUCAUGUACCUGAUCAAGCACCUGAUCACUUUACUUAGUAACCAUGGACAAUUGAUUAAAACAAAGGUACGAUAUAACAUGAUAAGAAACAACAACUCUCAGUGGAAAAUCAGACUGCAUCUACGAGAGCAGGCAAGGAUAAAAACCUGAGUAAACUAAGAAACAAAUCCAGCAAGCUCUCAGAGCAGGGCACAGAUUGAAUCAAGGACCUGAUGAUGUCAAUUUGUUUAACUAGCAGUGUCUAAUCAAUUCACAGUUUGGUAAUAUUAUGACUUGAUUUAAAUUUCAGUGUGAUCCGACUGAUCCAACAAUUUCUUAAAGAAAACAGUUUACCAAGAACCCUGGCAACUUUGCAGGUACAUUGAGAGUAAUAAUAACUGCUGUAAGAAAAGCAACUUAAAGAAGAUAUUAGAGAAUUUCCUUCUGUGUGCGUCAGGAGUUGUUUGCUUCCCAUACGCAGAUGUGAGAAUUGGAAUCCCUGUGGUUUCCAUUGUUGUGUUGUUAGCAGUAUGGAACACUUAGUUUGUUAUGUUUCCUGCAGGAAGAAACUGGAAUUACCUUGAAUACUGUUGACAGUGUAGAGAGUUUUGUAGGGGAAAUAAACAAUGGCCAUUGGGAUACAGUCCUUCAGGCAAUUCAGCCGCUCAAGCUACCUGACAAGAAACUUAUUGACUUGUAUGAACAGGUAGGGGAGACCUUUCUACAUUGCUCACAUUUAUUGAAGCAAAAUCUAAAAGCUGUUUGUCAUCAUGGCAGCACAUUUCUCCUCUUUCUCUUUGUUUGUAGUGUCCUUAACAUUUGAAAUUGUGUUAUAAUUGUGAUGUAGAUUGUUUUGGAGCUCAUUGAGUUGCGUGAACUGGGAGCUGCAAGGUCAUUGCUGCGCCAAACAGAUCCCAUGAUCAUGUUGAAGCAACAACAGCCUGAUCGAUAUCUUCAUCUCGAAAACAUGUUGGCUCGUUCUUAUUUUGAUCCUAGAGAGGUAGGCCAUUGAUGGUUUAAAAUAAGGAACAGAUAUGAAAUUUCAUGAACCAUUUAUUAGUUAGUGAGUGUGAACGUGGGAGCCUUUUGAUGGCAGAAUAGAUAAGAUUGGACAAAUAUAGAAAUGAUCCUUGCAGUUAUGAACACUACUGAACUAGUAGUUGAAAUAAGGCCUGAAAAAAAUUCAGGCCCAUACAGGAUUUGAACCCAUGACCUCUACAAUACCAGUGAAGCGCUCUACCAACUGAGCUAACAAGCCAACUGGGAGCUGGUCAUUAUUUUGGAUCCAAAUAAACCUUCAAAGUGGUGAAAUAGUCAGAUAAGAUUAGAUUGGGCCAUUCUUGCUCUUGCUGGGGUGCACAGGGUCUCCACCAUGGCUCUCAGUUUUUUUGGCAGUUCCCUUUGCCUCCCUCCAAGUGAAGAUGGCACAAUGCUGCAAAUGUUAUUUUCAACUAUUUUCCAAUUCACUUUUUAGGCAUACCCAGAAGGUGGUAGUAAAGAGCGAAGGAGAGCUGCAAUAGCACAAGGUAUUUAUGUCUUUAAACUAAGUAUUAAUUGUCUUUGUUUUGAUGGGAACCAUGGUUUUUCUUUACUAAGUUGCCUCCUGUAAAGAGCAAAAAUUUCAUAGAAGGCUUUUUUACAUACACAAUUUUUAAAAUUUAGUUUCAUCAGCUGAGUUGAGUGAAAUAAUCGGCCAUGGUAUCGAGUUUCUAAAUCUGAUGUUUUAGGGUUUAGCUCUUUGCCAGAGAAAAUGCGAAUAAAUUGCGUUCAGCAUUGUUUUGGUUUGGAAUUCUGUGCUGUGUUGAGAAUUACUAUUUCACCAUUUUCCAGCCUUGUCAGGUGAGGUGUCAGUUGUGCCACCAUCUCGUUUGUUGGCACUGCUUAGUCAAGCACUCAAAUGGCAGCAGUAUCAAGGUCUUCUUCCACCAGGAACUACUAUUGAUGUUUUUCGUGGAAAAGCUGCUGUGAAAGAUGAAGAGGAGGAAAAGUAUCCCACUCAAAUGAACAGAACCAUCAAGGUAUGCAAUGAAUACUUUUAUGUUUUCUGUUCACAUUUAAACCUUUGGUUGUGAGUACAAUAGCCAAACAAGCUUAAGAUAUUGUGUUGAGUUAUGAGCUGAACAAGAAAAUUGCACCAUAUUUUUAAUGAGUAUAAGUGUGCUUCUUUUCUCCUCAGUUUGGGGCCAAAUCACACCCUGAGUGUGUCAAGUUUUCUCCUGAUGGGCAGUACUUGGUGACUGGGAGUGUGGAUGGUUUUAUUGAGGUGUGGAACUUUACAACAGGAAAGAUCAGAAAGGAUCUCAAGUACCAAGCUCAAGAUAACUUCAUGAUGAUGGACGACUCUGUUUUGUGUUUAUCCUUCAGUCGAGAUAGUGAAAUGUUAGCAUCUGGAGGGCAAGAUGGAAAGCUUAAAGUAUGAUUUUACUUUGUUUUUGUUAGAUUGUGGUUUUGAAUGUGAUUUGUAAUGAGGGGGGGAUGGAGGUUUAGAUGUCCUAAAUUUUACAAUAGAAUCUUGACGACUUGAAAUGAGAAAUAUUUGAAGAUGACAGGGAGUUUGAGUUGGUUAAUAAAGGAUGAUUAGCAAUGCAUUUGAAAGGAGGUGGAGUUUGCAAGAAGUUUGCUUAACCCUUUAACCCCUAAAAGUGACCAGCAUCUAAUUUCUCCUUACAAUAUCACCACUGAAUCACACAUUAAUGUCAUGAGAAUAAAGGAAAUGAUCACCAGCUUAAGAAUCUCUUAAUUUUUGCACAAAUUCUCCUUGUCAGAACCUUAGUAAAUGUACAGAGAACAGUAUGGAGAAUAUGUAUACUGAUGUUAGGGUGUAAAGGGUUAAGUGAACCCAGUUAUUGAUAGGGAGGUUCCAUUUAUCUUAAGGUUGUUUCCUUUCUGCUCUCAGGUUUUGUUCUUUACAUCUGAUUGUUCUCCUUUCUUGUUUUACUCUGUUUCUUUGUCCUGUAGUAUUUUUCUCUCCAUCCUAAAUCAUUUCUUUUACCUCUGUCGGUGUAAUUAAUUUUCAGAUUGUAUUUCCAGGUGUGGAAGUUACAAACUGGUCAGUGCCUGCGACGUUUUGAAAAGGCUCAUGCUAAAGGAGUCACUUGUGUAACAUUUUCUCGUGAUGCAAGUCAGCUGCUGAGUGGUUCUUUUGAUAUGACAAUAAGGUGCGUAUACAAACACAUGAUGCUUGUUCCAUGAGACAGUUUGAGGUAAACUAAACUUCUGGUAAUGUUGCUUGGUUAUGCUCAGUGAUUGGUACUGGAAACUCUUGCGUUACCCUCUCCACCAAUCAAUUGGAAAAUUUAAACCAAUCGUAGCUUGGUCUUUCACAUUUUCCUACACUUAAUGAUCAUUACUUGUAAUGAGUUUGUGUUCUCAUUGACCCCUGUAUUGAUCUUUGUUCUGAUUGUUGCCCGUGAUUACUUUGGCUUUGGGACACUCAUUUGAAAUGCAGUAUGUGGGGAACAUGCCCUAGUACUUUCCUUUAUGGACACACUAUAUACCACUAUAUACAUAUAGGCAUACACUUACAUGGAACUAUUUCAAAAAUUAAAACGAUAUACAAUGUACCUGUUGUAUAUGCAGCCUUCCUGGUGAAGAGUGUGCUGAAAACAAGACACAUUAGAUAAAAUCCGAGAGUUUGUAGCUGUCCUUAAAAGAGAGCAUUUAAUGUGGUGGACAUUUUAUUAGAACUGUUUUAAAUUUUUUCUGUACUUUCCUAAGUAAUCAGGCCUUUAUGUGUAAUGGAUUAAAAUAGGUGCAGUUUUAAUACUAGCUCUACUAUUAUCAUUUUCCAAACCUUGACUCAUUUUUGCUAUGUAACCUCUUUGCAGAAUGCAUGGGUUAAAAUCUGGCAAGACUUUAAAGGAAUUUCGUGGACAUACAUCGUUUGUAAAUGACGCUAUUUUUACAACAGAUGCCCACAACAUCAUCAGUGCCAGUAGCGAUGGAACUGUUAAGGUACCCAAGUGUAAUCAUGAAUCAACAUUAAAGCUCUCUCUAUGAACAAAGGGAUUUUAGAAUGCAGUCAACAGACUCCAUGGAAAUAGAAACAGAUAUUUUUUUUUUAUGCAUGAGAAAUUGUCUGCUUGCAGAGUAGGCACAGAAGUGAAACUCAUCUUUGUACCUUAAACAAUCAAAUAUGAAGUUAAAGGGUGUUUAAGAUGUAAUUGUUCAUUUUUCAUUGCACUCACGUUAGCUCUCUAUAAUGCCUGAUUUUAUAGUUGUUCCAUUUUAUUCUUUUGUUCAGCUUUGGAAUAUUAAAACAACCGAGUGUCUUCACACGUUCAAGCCAUCAGUAGGGAGUGUUGCCACUGAUAUCACAGUAAACUCUGUGCAUGUGAUGCCAAGGAAUCCUGAACAGUUUGUGGUGUGCAACAGAACAAGCACUGUACUGGUUAUGAACAUGCAAGGACAGGUAGGAUUCAUGACACAUGUUUGUCUGACAACCAAUCUAAAAUGUUAAAUCUACUACACACUUAACACUUUUGAUUAGAUUUCGAUCCUAUUGCUGAUGAUUCAAGCAAUAUAUAGGACCCUUGUUGCAGAUGUAUCUUUCAUAUGGGUCAGUUCACGAUGGAGUUACUUACCACUCUGCUGGGGUUAGCAUUAGACCUUGAAGGUCCGAGUUGUGAUCAGCAUGCGAGCAGGUUCUCAUCAUCAGUGCUACGGAACACAAGUUUCUCCAUCCACGGAAAGAUAUGAGAUGAGUAGGGGAGAGGUUUGCCAGGGGUCUGGCACUAACAAUGAAUCGGUCCUAAACCUGUCUCAGACCUCUCGCUGGCUCAUAUUGCUCAAGGGUCUGGCAAUGUGACCUCUUGCUGGUUCUUGUUGCCUAAGGCCUCAUACUUUCAUGUGUGUGAAGGAAUGUUCAUGCUGAAACACAAAUGAUUGGGACCUGUUCAAAGGCGAGGGUUUGAUUCCAUAUGAGUACUCAGAUUUUGUUUUGUCCCAUGCUCAUGAAAAAUUAUGAUCUUUUUUUUUGUCUCUUAAUCAAGAAAUUUCCUGUUCUUCUAGGCUGAUUGGGAGCUGUUGUGAACUACUAAGUUAGCCACACUUUAGUCUGUGAGAAUUCAACUUCAUUAAAUCUAAGAUAAAUACAAUUUUCCAUUUCCUGAUGGUACUGAAAUUUUUGUUUUCCUCCAGAUCGUGCGUAGUUUCACCAGUGGUAAAAGAGACGGUGGUGACUUUGUGUGUUGCACCCUCUCCCCCAGGGGAGAAUGGAUAUACUGUGUAGGGGAGGAUAUGGUCAUGUACUGUUUUAGUGCCUCUACAGGAAAACUAGAGCAGUCUUUACAGGUAUGUGGUGUCAUUUUAUUGAGUGGUAGGUUUUUGCCUUAUUUUUUUUGCAUGAAGAAAACAAAGAAUUGUAAUUGUUCAUUUUUCAUACCCUUGAAAUUGGCAAUGUUUGAGUAUAUUCAAACCCCAUUGUCGAAAAGGCUGUUUUCUUUGGGUUGGUAUUCUGCACAGUUAUAAAUAAUCCCCAUUCAUUAAAAGAGGCACCCAAUUCAAACCUCUAUCUUUAUAGAUUUCUCAAAAAUAGCCUACACAGAAAAAUCUGUUCAUUUGGAAUCUUUGUUAAUCUCCGUCAUCUUAAACCAUUCACAUUUAUUUUUUUUUGUUUUGUUUAUUAAUUCCAUUUGGCUUUUCAUCUGUUACCAAACCAAUAUUUUGUGUUUCUAUUGCAUUGGAGGCAGUUGUAUCUGUUGCAUAAAAAGGUAACUUGAAUCACCUUGAUGCUGAAUGGAAGAAUUUGCCAACUCAUGUGAGGUUUGGACAACUCCUACAUUGGACAUCAAAUUUUUUCUUUUCUAUAUUUCAGGUUCAUGACAAGGAUGUGAUAGGUGUUGAACAUCACCCUCACAACAAUCUGAUCUCCACCUACAGUGAAGACGGACAAUUAAAACUAUGGCAACCAUGAGAAAUACAUGAAAAAACCUGCGUGUUGCUCAGACAUAGAUUCGCCCUCUAAACUUACUGCUAACUAAGAAAAAAAGAACUCAAAAUAAAACAUCUAAGCCAUGGAAGGAUUUGCAAACUUGUUCAUCAGUUUUUUAGGACUUGAAAUAGAUGGAGGGCACUUUAUUAAAAAACUUUUCAUUGAAUCUUGAAAUGAAACUGUUCAAUUUAACCAGGCCUAGCUUGUACUCUACUUUUAGUUUUAUUUGUGCCUCAGUGAACUUGACUUUGUGUAUAGAACUUGCAGGUUUUUUUUUCUUCUUCAAGAAUUAGAGCCUGGAUCAUUCUAACUUGUAUAAAUAAAUUUAUCAAAGGUAUGUUGUUCUGGUAUCCAUCUUGAAUAAUCUUUGUGAAAUUUCAGUUAAUCAUGAUAAUUGAUAACAAAAACCCCAAAAGUAAUAAGCAAGCAAAUUCACCAUGCAGAUGUCAAUACAUUCCCUAGCUAGCAGGGGUUGAGAAUCAGUCUGAAGGUGGUAUCCUGAUAUGAUACUGAAUUCUCUCACUAACUUACAAGAAAAAUUAUCGCGGUUAAUCGCCAACUGAAUCUUUUGAACUUGAGGGUUAAGAAGAAUGUUUGGUGUUGUCACUGGCAAUUUGAAGCAUGGCGUGCAUUCAGUUAGCAACACAUUGAGAAUUUUUGCAAGGGAAGAAUUAAAUAGAGAUAUUAAUCUCCAUGCCAAAAUCCAAAUCUAAAGAUUUGACUAUUUAAAUAAUUUCAAGAAUUGGCACU